AUGGAGGGAACUUCAUCAUCUCCUACAACAGACAAUGAAACUUUACUUGAUGAUUUCGACUCUUUAGCCCUUCAUGCUGAAGAGAUAUUUCCAUUAUUUGACGAGGAAUAUGCAGAUGAAAUACAAUUACCUGCGGUGCAUGCAAAUGUUGAUACUGAAACUAACCUCAAACCUGUUGAAUCUAAACCUGCUGCAGAAAUGUUCGAAAACCAAAACUGUUCACACUCUUUCUGUGAAGGAUGUGUUGGAAGUUAUCUAGCUGCAAAAAUUCAAGAGAAUAUAGCAAUGGUAAAAUGUCCUUAUCCAAAUUGCAAUGGUAUAUUGGAGCCUCAUAAUUGUAGCACCCUUAUACCAAAGGAUGUGUUUGAGAGAUGGGGAAAGGCACUUUGUGAGAAUAUGGUGUUAGAUUCACAAAAAUUGUACUGUCCUUUUAAUGAUUGUUCAGCUAUGUUGGUGAAUGAUGAAGAGGAAGUUGUAACCGUUUCUGAGUGUCCUCAUUGUAAUAGAUUAUUUUGUGCACAAUGUAAGGUUUCAUGGCACUCUGGUGUUGAUUGUAGAGAGUUUCAAAGCUUGGAAGAUGGCGAGCGAGGGAGGAAAGAUCUAAUGGCCAUGGAACUUGCUAAGAACAAGAGAUGGAAAAGAUGUCCAAAGUGCAGCUUCUAUGUGGAGAAAAUUGAGGGAUGUACUCGCAUUUCAUGCAGGUGUGGUAAUCAAUUUUGCUAUGGAUGUGGAUCCACUUGGAAUACUGACUCCCAUUAUAAGUGUGCAACUGGAUAG